AUGACUCGGUCUACAUUCACAACAAUCACACCCUUACCUUCAGACAUAUCUCGCCAGCAUGUAGUCGAAUUUCUCCACGAUCAUCUUGCCAUGAUCGACCUGAAUCCUCUCAUUAUAGAACGCCACCAAAUCCCCCCUCCGCCACACGCCCCGGAGGAUGAGAAGAAGUGCAUAUGGUACUCCAUGACGGACCGUAUCGACUACCUCCCUGGUGGCCUUGUUUCGGGCCAAAUUUCAUAUACUGCCGCCUUUUUUGACUCACCGGAUGGGCUCCAGACACACAGCUAUGCUCCUAUGGGGCUCGAUCUCCGUGGCCGUUGGUCUGUGGGAGGUACCAUGCCUGGAGAACGCCCACAGCCUGUUGAGCUGGGUCUUGGGGCACCGACUACGGGUCUAUAUCUCCGCGAGGAUGUUGAUAUGCGCUGUAACAUGCUCAUGGUAGGAUUUGUGAAGAAGACCAUCAAGAAGUCCCAUGGGAGUCUCGUGGAGAAGUUGUCAGAAAAGGCAUCUAUGAAGGCAUCAAGACACUCUAUACAAAACUUUGGUCCUAGCUCCCCCGGAAGCCUUCAAACGCCAACCCCUGCGGCCUCUGAAUCUUCAGGAGUACCAUCCAUGAGGCCCGUUCUCCCGCAUCCCGUGGGCAGCGACCAGCGCGGAUUCGCCCCGGACCUAUCCAUAUCGUCACCUCCUCCCUACAACCACGGCACACCCUCUACAAGCCUGGGCGAUGUGCAUCAACAGAGAAGCGGUGGUCUCGCGCCCCCUGGACAGCCUCAGAGAUUGGGAUCGAAUCAAUCAGAGCUCAGUCACUCUGGAACAGUUUACCGUGGCAACAGCAGGCCUGACCAUUACAAUGAGUUCUCGGAUCAGAACCCCUACAAUAGUUCACACUCUCCGCUUGACGAAAGAGAGACUUAUGCGGAGCUAGACGACGGCACCCAUAACCGCCCUCGCCACCUGGAGGAGAGGACAGGGCCUGCGGAACUAGCUUGA